UUGAGUUUUGAGGCGAGUUUGUUUCUUACCCCGCACGGCCGCCUGCUAUUUUGACUUCCCGUUCGUAUCGAGCCAGUCGCGUCAACCUUAGUUUUGACCCGCUCUCUGGUACCGUGGCGAAUCCCCUCGCGCUAAUUACCGCAAUUCCGGCAUUUUUGCAACUUCAGAAUUCUCAUCGUGGUCGCGGACUGCCAGUGACCCCGUGAUUAUCAGCCUGUCAGUUACCGCCAUGGCCACUACUAUCGAUCGGCGCGUCGUCGAGCUGCUGGCUGCAUUCCACGCCACCAUUCUCCUCCUGCUCGCGCUGGCCCUACCCGCUGCUGCCGCUGCAGACGAAACCGGCGACUCGCUUUACAUCGUUCACCUCCGAUCCGCGCCGCCCCUCACCGGCUACCACGGCGGGAUUCCCGGCUUCCCCGCCACUGCCAGCAACCCCCUGUCGCGCCUGGGAACCGCACUGAACCGCGCGGGGCGGCGCAUUCGACGGCGGCUUCCGCGGUUGGAUCUGAAGCUUCCGCACGUGAAGGCUUUCGUGAAUAUGCUGGACCGCCUGCAGGCGAAAGUGGCGAAGGAUGUGGGCCUCGCGAACGAUAAACUGUUACACAGUUACAAGGUCGUCAGUAACGGGUUCUCCGCCACUCUCUCUCCCAAGCAAGUCGCGGACCUGCUGCGUCACCCUGACGUGGCGAGCGUCACUGCCAGCGUCAGACAGUCCCCGCUGACGUCACACAGCCCGGAAUUUUUGGGCCUGCCCGGAAGCCUGUGGAAGGAAAACGGCGGGCAGGGGAACGCAGGGGAAGGAGUGAUUGUAGGCAUCGUUGACACGGGUAUCUGGCCGGAAUACCCUUCGUUUUCUGACAAUGUGUCUCUCCCCUAUGCUGACAUCCCUGCCCGCUGGAAGGGUGUAUGCUCCGCCACUGCGGACUUCCCCGCAACCGCGUGCAACAAGAAGCUCAUCGGCGCGCGGUACUACACGCUGGGGCUCACAGCAGCGAAGCAGGCGGUCGAGACGAGCAAGGGGGACUUCGAGUCGGCAAGGGACUCCAUGGGGCACGGCACGCACUGCGCAGGCAUCGCAGUGGGCAACAGCGGCGUGGAGGCGACAGGAUUUAGCUCUCCGAUCAGCGGCGUUGCGCCGAGAGCACGACUCGCAGUAUACAAGGUGUGCUGGCUGUACAGUGACAGCAUAGGCUGUGAGGAUGCGGACAUAGAAGCAGCGAUGAACGACGCCGUGGCGGACGGGGUGGAUGUGAUCAGCCUGUCGCUGGGAUCGCCCGGAGGCAACUACCUCGAGCAGAUGAUCUACAUGCGGGCAUACCUGGCGGGCGUAGCCGUGGUGAUGGCAGCAGGCAACAGCGGCAGGCCCCCCGCACCCGGCUCGUGGCAGCAGCUCAGCAACACCUCGCCCUUUGUGCUCACUGUCGGCGCAAGCUCCAUCGCUCGGCAGCAGGCGAAGCUGGUAUUCCCAGACAGCACCGAGCUGAGAGGCUUCUCGCUCAUCUUCUUCGACAUCCAAGCACCGCUCUUCGGUCCCACACUCGCUGCUGCAGCAGACGGCACCACUGCAGGUGGCACAGUAGCAGGUUCGGGCGCAGGCUUGGGAACAGGUUCGGGAACAGGUUCAGGCGCAGGUACGGGAGCAGGUGCGGGAGCAGCAGACGGCAACAAUGACAAGCAGUAUUGUGCGCGCAACUCCCUGACAGCAGAAGAAGCCGACAACAAGAUCGUGAUCUGCAUGUUGGGUGGCGGAGUAACAGUGGACGAGGUGUUACAGGAGGUCAACCGGAACAGAGGCUUGGGAGUGGUGCUGGUGGGAGGGGACAACCAGGAGGUGAAAGACUCGCUCUACACCCAAUCCCUUCCGCUUAUGAUCAUCUCUUCGGAUAAGAAAGAGGAGCUGUUUACCUUGGCGGAAACGCACGGAGAGGCACAGCUUCUGUCCAAAGUUGAGCUGAAAUCAGACAUGGCUGCGCCAACCGUUGCCAAAUUCUCCUCCGCCGGACCCACAAUCGCCCCCACGGCCACCCCUUCUCGCCCCAACAACAACAACGAUGUCUUAAAGCCGGAUGUGAUCGCUCCUGGAGUAAAAAUCCUCUCCCCAUGGAGACCUGCUGACGUUCUUUCGGCCCCCAGUGACCUUCUAUAUCGCGCAGCUAGCGGGACAUCUAUGGCUACUCCCCACGUGGCGGGGCUUGCUGCUCUGGUGAUACAAAAGGUUGGGGAGGGGUGGAGCGCCGGGCAAGUGAUGUCAGCGAUUGUGACUACAGCAAGCGGGAAGAACAGGCUGGGGAAGCCUAUCGGAAGGGAGCUGGAGAGGGAAGCUGCAACCCCGUGGGAUAUGGGAUCCGGUCAGGUGACUCCGGCCCAAAUGCUGGACCCUGGGUUGACUUUUGAGAUGGAUGAGAAGAAUUGUUAUGGGUUUAUUGCAGGGCAAGCAACGGCACCGGGAAAUUACGUCCCUAGUGGGUUGUCGGUGAAAGCUAUUAAGGGCUACGAGCUGAACAGGCCGAAUAUUGCAGUUUCGAAGCUGAAGGGGAGUGUGACUAUAAUGAGACGAGUGAAGAAUGUGCAUUCGGAGACGUGCAGGUACACCAGCAGUGUGCAGAAUAUGACAGAUGUGAGUGUAACAGUGAAGCCUACGGCCUUCGUUAUAGAGCCAGGGAAGGAGUUGGAGUUUUCUGUGCAGCUUACGCCUCUCAGGGGGACUAACAAGUUCUCAUAUGGCGGGAUCACAUGGAGAGACGACAAAGGCCAUGAGGUCAAGAUGGUGCUGGAGGUACAGCCUUCGAAUAAUCCAAAGAGCAAGCCCAAGCCCAAGAAGAAGAGAUGGGCUUAGGAGAUGGAUCAUUAACGGUUUAGCGUACACCAUAUGCAUUU